GUCUUCUUCACUCAAUGACAAGCCGGGCCAACAUGACGUUACGUAUGGACAUGAGUUUACCGAACGGAACAACUGGAUUCGACGAGUACUCGGGUUUCUAUAUUUCUCCACCAGACCUAUACACGUUCAACCUUGACAGGAGGAUCAACUCAAAAGGAAUGUCCAAUUACCGAGUUCUUUCCCAAACUGGUCAGUUUGAUAUCCGCCAAUCGUUUUCAACCUAUGACAAAGACCGGGACCACUGGAUGGGAAACUGUGCACGUUCGUAUGGAGGAGGUUGGUGGUUCAGUGAUUGCACGACUAACAUGUUGAAUGGCCAUUUCGAUAGUGAACAGUUUUUGUACCUGUCCUUUCAAAGGUACCGUCCAAACAAACUGAAGACGUCGACAAUGAUGUUCCGAUCGAGCAACUAAGAUUUGCGUCGGCGAUUAUUACGAUCAGCCUCAAAUCCGAGUUAUUUCUCAGACUCAAAAAAACACUUUGAAUUCAUUAAA